AGAAGCGAGUGGUACAAAGCAGAGCCGAUGUGAACGUAUCGCUGCUGGUUUCAGGCUCCUUGCCUCCGUAGCCUUAGCACUAAAAUGACCUGAGCAUCAGACAUAGCCUCACAAUUACUCAUAAUACCCAUAGCUAUAGGCUCUAUACUCCUGCGUGCACAUUCAUGCAUCUCCACGUCACACAGGCUGUCAUGCUCGCACAUGUGCCAUUAAUUGACAAGAAUCCUGCUAAAGUUGGCUGAUGAAGAGACAGGCUGUGCAAAGGAACAGGAUUUGAGACAGCCCAGGGUUUCCUCUUCAAGUAGGUUUAAAACAAUUUUUUUUUUUCUCACUAACUUCCUUCCUGUUCUAACUGCCAGUACUCAGAAGUCAGAGUUGAGAGACAGAGGCGCCCGGGACAGAGACGCGAAGCACUGAAUAAAUAGAUCAAAAUGACUGAAAAAGACCCAGAGCCACGUGUGGAGGAGGAGGAGGAUGAUGACCUGGACAGCAAGCUCAAUUACAAGCCUCCGCCACAGAAGUCCCUGAAAGAGCUGCAGGAGAUGGACAAAGAUGAUGAGAGUCUAGCUAAGUACAAGAAAACGCUGCUGGGAGAUGGCCCCGUGGUAACAGAUCCGACAGCCCCCAAUGUCACUGUCACCCGGCUCACCCUGGUUUGUGAGAGUGCCCCAGCACCAAUCACCAUGGACCUUACUGGAGAUCUGGAAGCCCUCAAAAAAGAAACCAUUGUGCUGAAGGAAGGCGCCGAAUACAGAGCUAAAAUUCACUUCAAAGUGAACAGGGAUAUUGUGUCAGGCCUGAAAUAUGUUCAGCACACCUACAGGACUGGGGUGAAAGUGGAUAAAGCAACGUUUAUGGUUGGCAGCUAUGGGCCUCGGCCGGAGGAGUAUGAGUUCCUGACUCCCGUUGAGGAGGCUCCCAAGGGCAUGCUGGCCCGAGGCACGUACCACAACAAGUCCUUCUUCACCGACGAUGACAAGCACGACCACCUCAGCUGGGAGUGGAACCUGUCAAUUAAGAAAGACUGGACAGAUUGAAUGCAUCUGCCCAUCCCUUUCCCCACCCUUGCCACCUGGAAGAAUUCUCUCAGGCGUGUUCAUCUCCCUAUCCCUCCUCCCGGUCCACAGCUGUGUCCCUCUCCAAUAGUGCCCACAUUCCCAUACUGAUGCAUCUUUUCCCACCCUGUCUCUUAAAGUGGUCCCUAGCACAAGAGUCUUAAAACCGGGCUUUCACCUGCCUGCUCUCUGAUCCUCCGUCAGGGCCAGAUCUUCCACGUCUGCAUCUCAAUACACCAUCAUUUAAUAUUUCCCUGUCUAUUUCCUUUUUUUUUGAGACAGAGUUUUGCUAUUGUUGCCCAGGCUGGAGUGCAAUGGCGCAACCUCGGCUCACUGCAACCUCCGCCUCCUGGGUUUAAGUGAUUCUCCCUCUCUUAUUUUCACUCGAGCAACUAGAGGGCAGGAAAUGGGCAAUCACAAAUAGGUCUUCGACUCAGGUUCCAGUAGUUCGUGCUAAUGCCCAGAUUCUUCGGUGGUUGCUGGCCCAGUGAGUCCCUCAUCACAUCCCUGCCAGAUGGAGUUCUUCUUUUGUGGAAGACACUGCAAACAACAUAAAAUAAUAAGAAUAAAACAAUAACUGCGUGUGUUCUGA